AUGGCUGAAGUGGUCAGAGAAUCUUCAUCAAUGGCGAAGAAGAAGUUCAAGAGAAGUUUUAAGAGAAAGCGAGAGGAAGAGGUCGAACGUAUGGAUUCACUUCCGUGGAGCACUUCUAUACCUAUCGGAGAAGACGACGAUGGCGAAACCUUCUCCACUCUCUUUGCAGGCACGGAUGAGCUCGACGGAGGUUUUCUUUCACUUGAAGAAAUUGAUGCAGCUGAUUACAAUUUGCCUCUUCCUACUACUGAAAGUGGAGAAACAGAGAAAGGGUUGAAGUCGAAGAAGAAACAAGCUCGAGAAAACAGUGAUGCAGUUAGCUGUGAUGAGGAUAACAAAGUAGAGGAGCUAGAUGGCGAAGAAGAGAUUCCCCCGGAAUUUGGUGCAUGGAGUAUGAUGAGACUUCAUCCACUACUCAUGAAGUCAAUAUACCAUCUCGGAUUCAAGGAGCCAACAGAAAUCCAGAAGGCUUGUUUUUCCGUUGCAGCAUUUCAAGGAAAGGAUGUUAUUGGUGCUGCGGAGACAGGGUCUGGAAAGACGCUUGCUUUUGGGUUGCCCAUACUGCAACGCCUAUUGGAUGAGCGGGAAAAGGUUGGUAAAUUGUAUGCAUUGAAGGGAGAAGAAGCACAGAAAUAUUCUGCUGAUGGCUAUUUACGAGCUCUUAUAAUCACUCCAACUAGGGAACUUGCUCUACAGGUGACAGAUCAUCUUAAGAAUGCUGCCAAAGAUCUUGGCAUCAGGGUCGUUCCUAUUGUUGGUGGGAUGUCAUCAGCGAAGCAGGAAAGACUUCUGAAAGGAAAACCAGAGAUAGUUGUUGGAACUCCAGGAAGGUUAUGGGAACUUAUGUCGGCCGGAGAAAAGCAUCUUCUAGAGCUACAUUCUCUGUCUUUCUUUGUGUUGGAUGAGGCUGAUCGCAUGGUUGAAAGUGGGCAUUUCCGGGAGCUGCAGUCUAUAAUUGACUUGCUUCCAGUGUCAGAUAAACCAAGUGAAAGGAAGACGCAAACCGUGCAGAGUUCUGACACAGUUUCCGAUGCUCCAAAGAAGAAAAGACAAACAUUUGUUUUCUCAGCUACCAUAGCACUGUCUUCAGACUUCCGUAAAAAGCUAAAGCGUAGCUCUUCAAAGUCGAAGCAGUCAUCCUCUGGUGAAGUGAAUUCUAUUGAGGUUUUAUCUGAACGAGCUGGAAUGAGGGACAGCGUUGCCAUCAUUGAUCUGACAACUGCAGCUAUUUUGGCACCAAAGAUUGAAGAAUCUUUUAUCAAGUGCGAAGAAGAGGACAAAGAUGCGUACUUGUAUUAUAUUCUGAGUGUCCAUGGACAAGGGCGGACAAUUGUUUUCUGUACAUCAGUGGCAGCUUUGCGGNAUAUCUGUGCGCUUUUAAAAAUUCUUGGAAUCGAUGUUUGCAAACUCUUCUCAGAUAUGAAGCAGCGAGCGCGGUUGAAGGCAAUCGACCGCUUCCGUGCAAGCGAAAAUGGAAUACUCAUAGCAACAGAUGUUGCAGCAAGGGGAAUUGAUAUUAAGAAUGUCCGGACUAUUAUUCACUACCAACUUCCACAUUCAGCAGAAGUAUAUGUACAUAGAAGUGGGAGGACCGCUAGAGCAUUUGCAGAUGGAUGCAGCAUAGCUUUGAUUACGCCUAAUGAUACUUCAAAGUUUUACUCGUUAUGCAAGUCAUUCUCUAAGGAAAGCGUAAAGAUAUUCCCUUUGGAUAGCUCUUAUAUGCCUGCGGUGAAGAAGCGAUUAUCGCUAGCACGUCAAAUAGACCAGAUUGAGCGGAAAGGUUCACGGGAGAAAGUAGACAGGACCUGGCUUGAAAAACAUGCUGAAUUGAUGGAACUUGAAUUGGAUGACGACGAAAGUGAAGAGGAAAAAGUGGACAACGUUAGGCAGAGAAAAGCGACGUCGGCACAACUUAAAAAGUUGCAGGAGGAACUUAGCUCGCUCUUAUCACGUCAGAUGCAGCCCAGCAAAUUUUCAGGCCGUUACUUUGCUGGGCGUGGUAUGUCGCAUCAAUUGCAGUCUCAGUUAGCAGAGAUGACCAAUCAAAAGCAACCACAAAUUCAAACUGUUGGAAAUAAAAAGAGAAGAAAGCUUCUUGUCGUUUCCCAGAACUGCAUCGAACCCCUUCAAGCCCUUCGUGCUUCUGGUAACGAGGUGAUAAACAUGAAAGGCCAGAGUGCAGAGAAGAGGCGCGAUAUAGCGAGCUUGAGGAAGAAAAGAAAGGAAGAGAAGAUAGGUCGGCGUGAUCAGCGAAGGGACCAGAAGAAACAGAGAAAGCUAAUGGCUUCCUCUUAA